UCGAUAAUUUGAGGUUAGAAUAUUUGAAAUAUCAAUAUUUACCUUAGCUUAAAGAAGUAUUAAUCUAUGACCACAAAACCAAAAAAACAAUGUUUUUAACGAAUUAUGCCGAUAUAUUUCAGCAUAAAUACACAAUUAUAACUUCCGUGACGUGCUUAAUAAUUCCCUAUUACGCGUGGAGGUCCUUAUUUAAGUACAGAGAGCAGUUAAAACAGUUCCUAGCAGAAGAACAAGUGUUUGUCGAGAGACACAACUGCGUUAUCACUUAUAAAGCGAACGAAGGGAUUUCUGGAUGGUUUCCCAAUAAAAAUCUGAUGGCCCCCCGUGCAGAGAAGAUUUACGAAGACCUAUAUGCCCCUGUGAUAUAUUUUAUUCAAACAGCUCGACACACCUUGGAUGUGGCCUUUAUGUUAAUCAGUGUGAAUCUGAUUUAUGUGGAGCUGGUUAAGGCUAAGAGACGCGGGGUGAAAGUGAGAAUUUUAUGCAAUUUUGCGCAUAUAGAGGGCUGUAGGGAUCAAAUUUCUAGCCUUAUCCGCGAAGGGAUAGAAUAUCAGUUUUUUAUUGGUACCAGCUCUUCAAUGGACACCAUUAUGCACCACAAAUUUAUGGUGAAAGAUUAUGAUGAACGAACAGGAGAAGGAUUUUUGUGUACUGGCUCGAUGAACUUUACAUCAACCUCACCAACUAACAACUAUGAAAUGCUUGUGUUUAACACAAACCGAAAUGUGGUCAAAAGUUUCUCUGAUAAUUUCGAGGAAUGUUGGAAUGAUGUUAAGUUAGAUAAUGAGGGACUAAUUAACAAAACUAUCCUUAUGGACGCCCAGUUUGAUAGCUAAGUAACACUGACAAUAUUUGAUAAUAGAUUCUUAAUUUUUUUAAUAAAUGUUGGAGGAAAGUAAGGA